AUGGCCUGGCGCGCCAGGAAAAAGAGUUUUUACCUGGCUCAGCCACGCCCCCGGAUUGCUCCCACUGCGGCGGAGGCCCAGGGACACCGUCACAGCAUCCUGUGGCACGCCCCACCACCACGGAGGGCAGCGGCGGGUGCCCACAAGCAGUUUCAUCCCUCCGCUGGGGUCAGUGCCCCGAAGACAGCAAAUCUGCCAGACCAGCUGCGGAGCGAGCUGACUGGUCUGGCCAAGCAGUGUGACCUACAGCCCCGGCAGGUGGAGAGAUGGUUCCGAUACCGGCUCAACCAAGACCGGCCCAGCUUGACAAAGAAAUUCUGCGAAUCCUGUUGGAGAACCGCCUUUUAUAUUACAUCCUUCACCACAGGACUGGCUGUUCUAUAUGAUAAAUCCUGGUUUUGGGACCACCGCGAGUGCUGGACUGGGUACCCACAGCAGCCGCUUGUGCCUUCAAUUUUUGCCUACUACAUGCUGCAACUUUCCUUCUACUUCUCUCUGGUGAUCACACUCCCAUUUGAUGUGAAGAGAAAGGACUUUAAGGAACAAAUUGUCCACCACGCUGCUACGAUCUUCCUCAUUAGCUUCUCGUACUGUGCCAACUACAUCCGCAUUGGCACCCUGGUCAUGAUUAUCCAUGAUACUUCCGACAUUUUUCUAGAGCCCACCAAGAUGUUCAACUACCUGAAAUGGCACCGAAUUUGUGACGCUCUGUUCAUUACUUUCACUGUUGUUUUCCUGGUGACACGGCUGGUGAUUUUACCCUACAAAGUGCUCUACAACACGUAUUAUCAUUCCAUGGAAAUCUUCCAGCCCUUUUUCGGGUACUACUUUAUGAAUGCUCUACUGAUGAUCCUACAGCUGCUGCACGUCUUCUGGUCCUACCUUAUCAUCCACAUGCUACUCAGGUUCCUUGCAUGUGGCACGAUGGAAAAAGACUUGAGGAGUGACUCGGAAGACAGCGAGACGGACAAGAAAGGGACAACGCUGCCGAAGGAUGCCCAGGAAAAUGGACCUGUUGUGCCCAGCUUGAGCAGCAAUGGCGGCUGCAUCAGCAAAGAGACCCCCUUUCAACAGAAUGGCAGCAGCCAUCCCACUAGCAACAAAAUCAAAAUCAGGUAGCUGGAGCCGGCUCGAAUGACUGACCAGCCCCGCCUCAACCGAGCGUUGUGCCCUUCCCAGCCUGUCCUUGUUUCCUGUAGGCCUGGAAAGACGUAACUUUAGCCCGGUAGCCGAAUCUCUGCUUUUCCCUGCGUUGUGCACUGUUUUACCCCGUUUUAUUUCACGAACCAGAAGAG